UGGGCCCUCGGUUCGUCCCAUCCGGCCUCCCGCCCCAUUUCUUUAAUCUCCCCCCAGCCUGUUUCUCUCACCCUUCCGCCCCAAACACCCUGCCCUGCUCUUUGCACAAGCAAAAUCGCAUCACGACUUUUCCCGCCUCGAAUCGAGGCGACAACUGCACCGCCUGUGAAGCCGGGCCGCCUUCGUCCCCUUCGAGUUCGAGGCACCGCUAUUUUGCUCUGCGCUGGGCCCGCCCGCGUGGUGUCCCCGCGAUUUCUUGGUCGACCAGGUCACCGGGCCGAUUCAACCCCAGAUUGCGUGCGACUCACCUUUGGAGACCCCACGAUUGCGCCGGUUACCCCAGACCAACUGUUCCCGGCGCUCUGGAUCUCGUACGGAUUUUUGCCAUACCGCCUGUGGAUGCUAGCACAGUGACACGCGCUCCCCGCUGUCGCGUUCAGCAAUUGAAGGACGCCGGGGUAACACGGCGCCGCCGAGCACAAUGACGACCGCCGUGAAGCGGGCCUGCGACGCUUGCCAUCGCCGCAAGGUCAAAUGCGAUGGAAUCAACCCGUGUCGCAAUUGCUCGGCCUCGCAGCUUGCCUGCACGUACAAUGCGAUCCCUCAGAAAAAGGGCCCCAAGGGCUCUCGCGCCAAGGUGAUCAACGAGCUGAAGGAGACGCAGCGCCAGACGAGCCUCUCGGCCAAGCUGCAGGGCGGCAUGGCCGGCGGCGCAGCGAGCGCGAGUCUCGCGCCGACGCCGAGGCUGUUGACGGAGGAGACGCUCCAUGCGUGCAUCGAAUUUUUCUUCGCCCACAUGUAUCCGAUGAUGCCGAUCCUGGACCGCCAGCGCCUCGAGCAGGAUGCCAGGUGCAUGGAGCAGAACCUUGACACGUACUGCCUCCUGACGUCGCUCUGCGCCUUCGUCUGCCUGCAGCCGGGCAUGGUCAUACCGGGAAUGGGGAUGCCGAUGAACGACCCGUUUAACCCGGACAUGAUGCUUGGCGGCAACAUCGUCACCAGCACGCUUCUGAUGGAGGAGACAAUGCGGGUUCGCAAGGGUUACGACUUUGUGGCCUCGCCGACUGUCAACACUCUGUGCACGAGCUUCUUCCUGUUUGCAGUACACCACGGCCUGGAGAUGCACGACAAGGCCUGGUUCUACCUGCGAGAGGCCACAACCCUAGCGCACCUGACAAGGAUGAACCAGGAGCAGACCUACAUGCAGUACGACGGCAGCGACAACAUUGACGCAUCGCGACGCAGGCGCUUGUAUUGGCUCCUUUUUGUGACUGAGCGCGCCUACGCUUUGCAGCACCGCCGCCCCUUGACGCUCCAAGCCAGCAUCAACCCGCCGUCGCCUAACGAGCACCCUGCUGACCUUUUCCUGCAUCACGGCACCGGCUUCCUUCGCAUGAUUGGUCUAUUCCGUGGCUUCGACGAAAUGCACGUCCCUCUGUGGAUGAAGACACGGGGCGAAUGCUCCGACUCGUAUCUCGCAGCCCUUGACAAGCAGCUGCAGGAAGUCUUGCCUGCUUACCUGAACGACACGCAGGCUCAGCUCUCCGAGCUGUCGAUUAACCAGCAAUGGCUGAAGCACAAGGCUUGGGAGCUGAGCGUCGCGAACGGCCACGGGAACAACGCGGGUGUUCCUUACGUGGACACCAUCAACGAUCUCCUACCCAUGGUGUCUCACUUCCCCGGCAAUCUGGGUCUGCACGGCCUCAGCUUGUUUGAGCAUCUGCUCAACGUUACCUGUUCCCUCACCGACAUGCUUGCCAUGCUGCCGGCGCCGCGCACCCCAUUUACGCCCGGUCCGCAUGAUCAGCUGCGCAAAAUCCUAAACAUUGUUAGCGUCAUCCGCAACGGGGAGCACCGCUUCCUGCCGCUGUUGUUGAGCCGGGUGGCCUCGGCGCUCUCGAAGCUCGCGAGUCCGAUGUUGCAGAACGCGCCCGAGAACGCACCCGCUUGCAACUUGGAUAUCUUUGACGGCUUCGGCAAUGCCGGCAUGGGCCAACCGUCCAUGUACGCCUCUGGCGACUAUGACAGCAAGUUUGGCGUCCCGCGGCUUGAGGAGCUGAGCUCGGAUUCCAGCAGCCCGAACGCGCCUCCUUCGAGUAACAGCGACAUGAAUUCCCCGUUCACCAAUUCCUCCGGCGUCAUGUCGCCGGGUAUGGAACUGCCGCACCCCUUGCAAACGGACUUCACUUCGAUGCCCGAGAUGGUGAUGAGCCCCAUGAGUCACGCACCACCCCCGUCGCUGCGCACGCCCGGAGGCAUGAACUCCCAGCAAGCUCGGCAUCCACAACAACAUUCGCCGAUGUCGCCAUUCCCCAACUCAAAUGCUCAGAUCCAGGGCUUGAAUGGCAACAACAUCAAUCCGCCUCCGAAUAUAAGCUUGGCGUCCCAAAUGCAUCUCGGCCAGGGCAUUGGCGGGGGAAUCAACGCCAAUCUAUCCCAGGCCAACAACAUGAUGGCCAGAGCCCCACCACCACAGCGUGCAAACAGCUACGCCAUGGGCGUGCCCAUACGAACGGUCGGCGACUUCCAGGCGUUACAAAGAGCCAACUCAGACAUGAACUCGAUGGGCUCCAUGGGGAUGAGUGCGCUGGGGCCCGAGCUUGACUUCAACACGCUGCCCAGGUAGCACCGCUUGACAGGCGGACAUUAGCCUUGUUUACCAAGGUUAAUGUUGCCGGCCUGUGAUGUCUGGGUCGUUGACCGGGGUCCGAGCAGCGCCUC